GGGCCGCGGCGGCGCAUCUUGCAUCCUCCGCGGGGUGGCUGUGCAGGAGGCGGCGCCCCUGCGGCGGUGGCGGACAGAGGGACAGAUAGACCGACGGCGGAAGCGAGCGCAAACGGACGGCGGGCCGCGCCGAGGGCACUGUGAGCCCGAGCCAACCAAGGGCGGACGAUGCGUGGCCCCAGGCCCCGCGCAGGCGGGCGCUGCCCCGGGGGCUGACCGCGGCCGGACGGCGCCCCAGCACUGGGCGAGAGAGCCCGCACCGGGCGGAGGUCAGGGAGCCUGAACUGCAGCUAGAGCCCAAGUUGGAUCCGAUCCAAAUCCUGAAAUCAAGCUGGGCUAGGAGUCUGAUCUGGAGCUGGAGCUCCAGCUGGACUGCAGCUGCCAUGCAGAAGGAGCUGGGUGUUGCACUCUCCUGCCCUGGCAUGAAGAGCCUCAGGACUCUUCUCCUGCUGCCACUGCUGGUGCUGUUGGGGGCUGGAGUGCCAGGAACCUGGGGUCAAGCCGGGAGCCUGGACCUACAGAUAGAUGAGGAACAGCCAGCAGGCACACUGAUUGGAGACAUUAGUGCAGGGCUCCCACCAGGCACAGCGCCUCCUCCCAUGUACUUCAUCUCUGCCCAGGAAGGCAGUGGUGUGGGCACAGACCUCGCUAUUGAUGAGCACAGUGGGGUAGUCCGUACAGCUCGUGUCCUGGACCGUGAGCGGAGAGACCGUUACCGCUUCACUGCAGUCACUCCUGAUGGCGCCACCGUAGAAGUUACAGUGCGAGUGGCUGACAUCAAUGACCAUGCACCAGCUUUCCCUCAGGCUCGGGCUGCCCUGCAGAUACCUGAACAUACAGCUCUUGGUACACGCUACCCACUGGAGCCUGCUCGUGAUGCAGAUGCUGGGCGCCUAGGAACCCAAGGCUAUGCACUAUCUGGUGAUGGGGCUGGAGAGACCUUCAGGCUGGAGAUGCGUCCUGGUCCUGAUGGAGCUCCAGUGCCUGAGCUGGUUGUUGCUGGAGAACUGGCGGAGAACCGCUCACACUACAUGUUGCAGCUAGAGGCCUACGACGGUGGCUCACCCCCUCGGAGGGCCCAGGCCCUGCUGGAUGUGACACUGCUGGAUAUCAAUGACCAUGCCCCAGCUUUCAAUCAAAGCCGAUACCAUGCUGUGGUAUCUGAGAGUCUGGCCCCUGGAAGUCCUGUCUUGCAAGUGUUUGCAUCUGAUGCUGAUGCUGGUGCCAAUGGAGCUGUGACUUAUGAGAUCAACAGGAGACAGAGUGAAGGUGAUGGACCCUUCUCCAUUGAUUCACACACAGGGCUUCUGAGGCUGGAGCGCCCAUUGGACUUUGAACAGAGGCGAGUCCAUGAACUGGUGGUACAGGCACGGGAUGGUGGGGCUCACCCAGAGCUGGGUUCAGCUUUUGUGACAGUGCAUGUGCGAGAUGCCAAUGACAAUCAGCCCUCCAUGACUGUCAUCUUCCUGAGUGCUGAUGGCUCCCCCAGAGUGUCUGAGGCUGCCCCCCCUGGACAGCUUGUUGCUCGAAUCUCUGUGUCAGAUCCAGAUGAUGGCGACUUUGCUCACGUCAAUGUGUCCCUGGAGGGUGGAGAGGGCCACUUUGCCCUGAGUACCCAAGACAGUGUCAUCUACCUGGUGUGUGUGGCUCGGAGGCUGGAUCGGGAGGAGAGGGAUGUUUAUAACUUGCGAGUUACAGCCACAGACUCAGGCUCACCCCCACUACGGGCCGAAGCUGCCUUUGUGCUACAUGUCACUGAUGUCAAUGACAAUGCACCUGCUUUUGACCGACAGCUCUACCGACCUGAGCCUCUGCCUGAAGUUGCAUUGCCUGGCAGCUUCGUGGUACGGGUGACUGCCCGGGAUCCUGAUCAAGGCACCAACGGUCAGGUCACCUAUAGUCUGGCUCCUGGCACUCACACUCACUGGUUUUCCAUUGAUCCCACCUCAGGCAUCAUUACCACAGCUGCCACACUGGACUAUGAACUAGAACCUCAGCCACAGCUUAUUGUGGUGGCCACGGAUGGGGGCCUGCCCCCCUUAGUCUCCUCUGCCACAGUUAGUGUGGCCUUACAAGAUGUGAAUGACAAUGAGCCCCAGUUCCAAAGAACUUUCUACAAUGCCUCACUGCCAGAAGGUACCCAGCCUGGAACGUGUUUCCUGCAGGUGACAGCCACAGAUGCCGACAGUGGUCCAUUUGGCCUCCUCUCCUAUUCCUUGGGUGCUGGGCUUGGAGCUUCUGGAUCUCCCCCAUUCCGCAUUGAUGCCCACAGUGGUGAUGUAUGUACCACUCGGACCCUGGACCGUGACCAGGGACCUUCAAGCUUUGACUUCACAGUGACAGCUGUUGAUGGGGGAGGCCUCAAGUCCAUAGUGUAUGUGAAGGUGUUUGUGGCUGAUGAGAACGACAACCCACCUCAGUUUUAUCCACGGGAGUAUGCUGCCAGUCUGAGUGCUCAGAGUACACCAGGCACAGCUGUGCUGAGAGUGCAUGCCCAUGACCCAGACCAGGGACCCCAUGGGCGACUCUCCUACCACAUCCUGGCUGGCAAUAGUCCCCCACUCUUUGCAUUGGAUGCACACUCAGGGCUGUUGACAGUAGCCUGGCCCUUGGCCAGACGGGUUAAUUCUGUGGUGCAGCUGGAGAUUGGAGCUCAGGAUGGAGGUGGCCUGAAAGCAGAACCCAUUGCCCGAGUUAACAUCAGCAUUGUGCCUGGAACCCCCACACCACCUAUAUUUGAACAACUACAGUAUGUUUUUUCAGUGCCAGAGGAUGUGGCACCAGGCACUAGUGUGGGCAUAGUCCAAGCACACAACCCACCAGGUCGCUUAGGGCCUGUGACCCUCACACUAUCAGGUGGGGAUCCCCGAGGGCUCUUCUCCCUAGACUCACCCUCAGGGCUAUUAAAAACACUUCGGCCCCUGGACCGGGAGCUUCUGGGACCCGUCUUAGAGCUAGAAGUUCGAGCAGGCAGUGGAACCCCCCCAGCUUUUGCUGUGGCUCGGGUCCGUGUGCUGCUGGAUGAUGUGAAUGACAACUCUCCUGCCUUCCCUGCACCUGAAGACACCGUAUUACUACCACAAAACACCGCUCCAGGGGCUCCCAUCUAUACACUGCGUGCUCUAGACCCAGACUCGGGUGCUAAUAGUCGGGUCACCUUUAGUCUACUUGCCGGAGGUGAUGGAAUGUUUACUGUGGAUCCUAUCACAGGCCAUGUCCGGCUUAUGGGACCUUUGGGGCCUCCAGGGAGACCAGCCCAUGAGUUGGAGGUGGAGGCCCGGGAUGGAGGCUCCCCACCACGCACCAGCCACUUUCGACUUCGUGUGGUGAUACAGGACUUGGGAAUCCAUGGGCUGGCUCCACAGUUUGACAGCCCUACCUACCGUGUGGACUUGCCCUGCACUGCCACUGGAACUCAGAUCUUGCAAGUGCAGGCCCAGGCACCAGAUGGCAGCCCUGUCACUUACCAUCUUGCAGCAGAUGGAGCCAAUAACCCCUUUGGCCUAGAGCCACAGAGUGGGUGGCUGUGGGUACGGGCAGCACUGGACCGUGAGUCCCAGGAGUUAUACACAUUGAAGGUGAUGGCUGUAUCUGGUUCCAAAGCUGAAUUAGGGCAGCAGACAGGCACAGCCACUGUCAGGGUCAGCAUCCUCAACCAAAAUGACCACAGUCCCCGCUUGUCUGAAGAGCCCACCUUCCUGGCUGUAGCAGAGAAUCAGCCCCCAGGGACAAGUGUAGGUCGAGUCUUUGCCACAGACAGAGACUCAGGACCUAAUGGACGUCUGACCUACAGCCUUCGGCAGCUGUCAGAAGACAGCAAGGCCUUCCGCAUCCACCCCCAGACUGGAGAGGUAACUACACUCCAAACCCUGGACCGAGAGCAGCAGAGCAGCUUCCAGCUCCUGGUGCACGUGCAGGAUGGGGGGAGUCCGCCUCGCAGUGCCACCGGCACUGUGCAUGUUGCAGUACUCGACCUCAACGACAACAGUCCCACCUUCCUGCAGGCUUCAGGGGCUGCUGGUGGGGGCCUCCCUCUACAGGUGCCAGACCGCGUGCCUCCAGGAACACUGGUGACCACUCUGCAGGCCAAAGAUCCAGAUGAGGGGGAGAACGGGACCAUCCUGUACACCCUAACUGGUCCUGGCUCGGAGCUCUUCUCUCUGCAUCCUCACACAGGAGAACUGCACACUGCAGCAUCCCUGAUUAGAGCGGAGCGGCCCCACUAUGUGCUAACUCUGAGCGCUCACGACCAAGGCAGCCCCCCUCGAAGUGCCAGCCUGCAACUGCUGGUGCAGGUGCUUCCCUCCACCCGCGCGGUGGAGUCGCCGGAUCUCACUGAACCUGACCCUGGAGCAACAGUGCCUGUAGUCCUGACGGUGACAGCAGCUGAAGGACUUCGACCUGGAUCCCUACUGGGUUCGGUGGCCCCGCAGGAGCCAGUCAAUGUGGGUGCACUCACCUACACUCUGGUGGGUGGCGCCGACCCCGAGGGUACCUUCGCCCUGGACUCGGUGUCUGGUCGCCUGUACCUGGCGCGUCCCUUGGACUUCGAGGCCGGGCCGGCCUGGCGCUCGCUCACGGUGCGCGCCGAGGGGCCGGGAGGCGCAGGCGCGCGGCUGUUGAAAGUGCAGGUGCGUGUGCAGGACGAGAACGAGCACGCUCCCGCUUUCGCGCGCGACCCCCUGGCACUGGCGCUACCCGAGAACCCCGAUCCCGGCGCCACGCUGUACACUUUCCGUGCAUCGGACGCAGAUGGCCCAGGUCCCAACAGCGACGUGCGAUACCGCCUGCUGAGGCAGGAGCCGCCGGUGCCCGCCCUGCGCUUGGACGCGCGCACCGGGGCGCUCAGCGCUCCCCGCGGCUUGGAUCGGGAGACUACGCCGGCGCUGCUGCUGCUGGUUGAAGCCACCGACCGGCCAACCAAUGCCAGCCGCCGCCGGGCAGCGCGAGUUUCGGCGCGCGUCUUUGUCACGGAUGAAAACGACAACGCCCCAGUCUUCGCCUCCCCUUCACGGGUGCGGCUCCCGGAGGAUCAGCCGCCCGGACCCGCGGCGCUGCACGUGGUAGCUCGGGACCCGGACCUGGGGGAGGCUGCCCGCGUGUCCUAUCGCCUUGCGGCUGGAGGGGACGGCCACUUCCGGCUACACGCUACCACUGGAGCGCUGUCCGUGGUGCGGCCUCUGGACCGAGAACAACGAGCUGAGCACGUACUGACAGUGGUGGCCUUGGACCAUGGCUCCCCGCCACGUUCAUCCACUCAACUCCUGACUGUCAGUGUUGUUGACAUCAACGAUGAGGCACCCGCUUUCCCUCAGCAAGAGUACAGCAUCCUCCUUCGUGAGAACAGUCCGCCUGGCACAUCUCUGCUCACUCUGAAGGCAACUGACCCUGACCUUGGGGCCAAUGGGCAAGUGACUUAUGGGGGUGUCUCUGGCGAGAGCUUCUCUCUGGACCCGAACACUGGAGUUCUCACGACUCUGAGGGCCCUGGAUCGGGAGGAGCAGGAGGAGAUCAACUUGACAGUAUAUGCCCGGGACAGGGGCUCGCCACCCCUGAUGACUCAUGCCAUAGUUCGAGUGACUGUGGAAGAUGAGAAUGACCAUACUCCAACCUUUGGGAACACCCACCUCUCCCUGGAAGUGCCUGAAGGCCAGGACCCCCAAACCCUUACCACCCUACGGGCCUCUGAUCCAGACAGGGGGCUCAAUGGAAAGCUACAGUACCGCAUCCUAGAUGGAGACCCUUCAGGAGCCUUUGUCCUAGAUCUCACUUCUGGGGAGUUUGGCACCAUGAGGCCACUAGACCGGGAGGUAGAGCCAUCAUUCCAGCUGCAGAUAGAGGCCAGGGAUGGAGGCCAGCCAGCCCUCAGUGCCACCUUGCUUGUGACAGUGACAGUGCUGGAUGCCAAUGACCAUGCUCCAGCCUUUCCUGUGCCUGCUUAUGCUGUGGAGGUACCUGAGGAUGCACCUGCAGGGACCCUACUGCUGCAACUACAGGCUCAUGACCCUGAUGAUGGGGACAAUGGUCGUGUGAUGUACUACCUGGGUGCAGGUACCGCGGGGGCCUUCCUACUGGAGCCUACCUCUGGAGAGCUGCGCACAGCUACUGCCUUGGACAGAGAACACUGUGCCAGCUAUGCCUUCUCUGUGAAUGCCGUGGAUGGUGCAGCUGCUGGGCCCCUGAGCACCACCGUACCGAUCACUAUCACGGUGCGUGAUGUCAAUGAUCACGCACCGACUUUCCCCACCAGUCCUCUGCGCCUCCGCCUACCCCGCCCAGGUCCUAGCCUCGGUACACCAACCCUGGCUCUAGCCACACUUCGAGCUGAAGAUCGAGAUGCUGGUGCCAAUGCCUCCAUUCUAUACCGGCUGGCGGGCACACCACCACCUGGCACCACUGUGGACUCUUACACUGGUGAAAUCCGUGUGGCUCGCUCUCCUGUAGCUCUGGGACCUCGGGAUCGUGUCCUCUUCAUUGUGGCCACUGACCUUGGCCGACCAGCUCGCUCUGCCACUGGUGUGGUCAUUGUUGGAAUACAGGGAGAGUCUGAGCGUGGGCCUCGCUUUUCCCGAGCUAGUAAUGAGGCUGUUCUCCGUGAAAAUGCACCCCCAGGAACUCCCGUCAUCUCCCUAAAGGCUGUCCAUUCAGGGGGCUCAAAUGGACCAAUCACCUAUAGCAUUCUCAGUGGGAAUGAGAAAGGGAUAUUCUCCAUCCAGCCUAACACAGGAGCCGUCACAGUUCGCUCCGCAGAGGGGCUUGACUUUGAGACAAGCCCACGACUACGACUGGUACUGCAAGCCGAGAGUGGAGGAGCCUUUGCUUUCUCAGUGCUGACCCUGACCCUUCAAGAUGCCAAUGACAAUGCUCCCCGUUUCCUGCGGCCUCACUAUGUGGCUUUCCUGCCAGAGUCCCGACCCUUGGAAGGGCCCCUGCUUCAGGUGGAAGCAGAUGACCUGGAUCAAGGCUCCGGAGGACAGAUCUCCUACAGUCUGGCUGCAUCCCAGCCAGCACGGGGCUUGUUCCAUGUAGACCCAGCUACAGGCACUAUCACUACCACAGCUAUCCUGGACCGGGAAAUCUGGGCUGAAACACGGCUGGUACUGAUGGCCACAGACAGAGGAAGCCCAGCCCUGGUGGGCUCAGCUACCCUGACAGUGAUGGUCAUCGAUACCAAUGACAAUCGCCCCACCAUCCCCCAGCCCUGGGAGCUCCGAGUGUCAGAAGAUGCACUGUUGGGCUCAGAGAUCGCACAGGUAACUGGAAAUGAUGUGGACUCUGGACCAGUGCUGUGGUAUGUGCUGAGUCCAUCUGGGCCUCAGGAUCCCUUCAGUAUUGGCCGCUAUGGAGGACGUGUCUCCCUCACGGGCCCCCUGGACUUUGAGCAAUGUGACCACUACCACCUACAGCUGCUGGCACAUGAUGGACCUCAUGAGGGCCAUGCCAACCUCACAGUGCUCGUGGAGGAUGUUAAUGACAAUGCACCUAUCUUCUCACAGAGCCUCUACCAGGUAAUGAUGUUGGAGCACACCCCGCCAGGCAGUGCCAUUCUCUCCGUCUCUGCCACUGACAGAGACUCUGGCGCCAAUGGUCACGUUUCCUACCAUCUGGCUUCCCCUGCUGAGGGCUUCAAUGUUGACCCCAACAAUGGAACUCUGUACACAACAGUAGGAGCAGUGGCCUUGGGCCAUGAGGGGCCAGGAGUGGUGGAUGUGGUUCUGGAAGCACGAGACCAUGGGGCUCCAGGCCGGGUGGCACGGGCCACCGUGCAUGUGCAGCUGCAGGACCAGAAUGACCAUGCCCCGAGCUUCACACUGCCACACUACCGUGUUGCUGUGUCUGAAGAUUUGCCCCCUGGUUCCACCCUGCUCACCCUGGAGGCCACAGAUCCUGAUGGAAGCCGCACUCAUGCCACUGUGGACUACAGCAUCAUCAGUGGCAAUCGGGGCCGAGUCUUCCAGCUGGAACCCCGGCUUGCUGAGGCGGGAGAGGGUGUUGGGCCAGGUCCCCAGGCAUUGGGCUGCCUAGUGUUGCUUGAGCCUCUAGACUUUGAAAGCCUGGCACAGUACAAUCUAACUGUGGCUGCAGCUGAUCGGGGACAGCCACCCCGCAGUUCAGCCGUGCCAGUGACUGUCACUGUACUGGAUGUCAAUGACAACCCACCUGUCUUUACCCAAGCAUCCUACCGUGUGACAGUACCUGAGGACAUGCCUGUUGGAGCUGAGCUAUUGCAUGUGGAAGCCUCUGAUGCUGACCCUGGACCUCAUGGCCUUGUGCAUUUCACCCUCAGCUCAGGUGACCCUUUGGGGCUCUUUGAGCUGGAUGAGAACUCGGGUGCUUUGCGACUGGCCCGCCCUCUGGACUGUGAAACCCAGGCUCGACACCAGCUUGUGGUACAGGCAGCUGAUCCUGCUGGAACACACUUUGCUUUGGUACCAGUAACAGUUGAGGUCCAGGAUGUGAAUGACCAUGGUCCAGCCUUCCCAUUGAAUCUGCUCAGUACUAGCCUUGCUGAGAACCAGCCUCCAGGCACUCUAGUGACCACACUACAUGCAAUUGAUGGGGAUGCUGGGACUUUUGGUAGACUUCAGUACAGCCUAUUGGAGGCAGUGCCAGGGCCUGAGGGUCGUGAAGCAUUUUCACUGAACAGCUCAACAGGGGAAUUGCGGGCACGGGUGCCUUUUGACUAUGAGCACACAGGAAGCUUCCGUCUGCUAGUGGGUGCUGCUGAUGCUGGGAAUCUCUCAGCCUCUGUCACUGUGUCAGUGCUGGUUACUGGAGAAGAUGAAUAUGACCCUGUAUUCCUGGCUCCAACUUUCCACUUCCAAGUGCCAGAAGGUGCCCAGCGUGGCCACAGCCUGGGUCAUGUGCAGGCCACAGAUGAGGAUGGGGGUGCCGAUGGCCUGGUGCUCUAUUCGCUGGCUACCUCUUCCCCUUAUUUUGGUAUCAACCAGACGACAGGUGCUUUGUACCUGCGAGUGGACAGUCGGGCACCAGGAAGUGGAACAACCACCUCUGGGGGUGGUGGCCGGACCCGACGAGAAGCACCUCGGGAGUUAAGGCUGGAGGUAGUAGCAAGAGGGCCUCUGCCUGGAUCCCGGAGUGCCACAGUACCUGUGACUGUGGAUAUUACCCACACUGCUCUGGGCCUGGCACCUGACCUCAAUUUGCUAUUGGUAGGGGCCGUGGCAGCCUCUUUGGGAGUUGUGGUGGUGCUUGCUCUGGCAGCUCUGGUCCUGGGCCUUGUUCGAGCACGGAGCCGCAAGGCUGAGGCCGCCCCUGGCCCAAUGUCACAAGCAGCACCCAUAGCCAGUAGCUCUUUACAGAAGCUGGGCCGGGAACCCCCGAGUCCACCACCCUCUGAACACCUGUAUCAUCAGACUCUCCCCAGCUAUGGUGGGCCAGGAGCUGGAGGGCCCUACCCUCGUGGUGGCUCCCUGGACCCUUCACAUUCAAGUGGCCGAGGCUCAGCAGAGGCUGCAGAGGAUGACGAGAUCCGCAUGAUCAAUGAGUUUCCCCGUGUGGCCAGUGUUGCCUCCUCCCUGGCUGCCCGAGGCCCUGACUCAGGCAUCCAGCAGGAUGCAGAUGGAUUGAGUGACACGUCCUGUGAGCCUCCUGCCCCUGACACCUGGUAUAAGGGCCGAAAGGCAGGGUUGCUGCUGCCAGGUGCAGGAGCCACUCUGUACCGAGAGGAGGGGCCCCCAGCCACUGCUACAGCCUUCUUGGGGGGCUGUGGCCUGAGCCCUGCACCCACUGGGGACUAUGGCUUCCCAGCAGAUGGGAAGCCAUGUGUAGCUGGUGCACUGACAGCCAUUGUGGCUGGUGAGGAAGAGCUCCGUGGCAGCUAUAACUGGGACUACCUGUUGAGCUGGUGCCCUCAGUUCCAGCCUCUGGCCAGUGUCUUCACAGAGAUAGCUCGGCUCAAGGAUGAAGCUCGGCCAUGUCCUCCUGCUCCCCGUAUUGACCCGCCACCCCUCAUCACUGCUGUGGCCCACCCAGGAGCCAAGUCUGUUCCCCCGAAACCUGCAAGCACAGCUGCAGCCCGGGCCAUCUUCCCACCAGCCUCUCACCGCUCCCCCAUCAGCCAUGAAGGCUCCCUGUCCUCAGCUGCCAUGUCUCCCAGCUUCUCACCCUCACUGUCUCCUUUGGCUGCUCGCUCCCCCGUUGUCUCACCUUUCGGGGUAGCCCAGGGCCCCUCAGCUUCAGCACUCAGCACAGAGUCUGGCCUGGAGCCGCCUGAUGACACAGAGCUGCGCAUCUAGCUGUGGCCCUAACUGGGCCCCGACCUGGGAUACGUACAGUGUCCCCAAAGCAGGCCCCAUUCUCAGCCUGCCCUGGGCAGCCUCGGAUCAUGACUGACCAUGGGGAGGCCACCACCAGUCCCCAGCUCUCCACCUGAAACUCUUCUAGUUGGGUCAGGCCCCACAUUUCACCCCAGUCUCCUCGGCACUAGGACCACAGAGGGGCUGUUGGUCACUGACCUGUGGCCAGAUCCAGUGUGGGGAGAAAUAAGAAUGAGGCAACAGCCUUGGGUUCUUUUCAGCCAAGACUUCCUGUCCUGCACCAGCACCCUGCAAUGGAGCUGAGACUUUAUUUAUUGGGGGGUAGGGGAAUGGGGGAGGUCCCUCCAACCUGUUAGGGCCCAGCUUCUUUGGGUUCCUCUGACACCCCUGCCCCUGCCCAGAACAAGUGCCAAUUCUCACUCUGGAGCCUUAAUAAACUGCAGUUUGUAUCCAGCCUCCGGCUCUGUUCUGUCAGGGUAACCAGAAGUCACCUGGAAUGGUACUGCGGAGACCUGGCAUACAUAGUACCUUAGGAGGCCCAAAGAGGUGGAACACACCAGGACAUCUGGAGUAGGGCUGGCAUUGGGAGCUCAGGAGCCUAGCCCUGGUCUCUCCGAAGCUUUUCCCUCUGACAUGAGCAGGAACUCAGGGGCAGUGGUUCCUGGGGAAACUAGCUGAACAGAGAGAAGUCUAGGGUUCUAAGCCCGAGGGUCUAGAAAAAGAUGGGGGUGGUUACAAGAACAGGUAAGUGAAGAGAUCCUCAACCCUGCCCAUGCACGCCUACCUUGGAAUCGUGAAAUGUCCACAUUAAUCAGAGCUCACAUUUGCUGAGUCUUUGCCAGGUCAGCCUCAGCUACGCGAUUUGCUUGCUUUAUCUCAGUGUCCAUUUUCACUCUCAAGUAUGAGCUAGAUUGCUUUUAUGUAACAGUCACUGAAUUUUAAAUGAAGAAACCUAAGCUCUGAGAGCUUAGUUUUCUGAUACUGUACAGCCAGGAGUAGCCCACACCUAUGAACCUUCACAGCCCACACCUUUGUGGUUCCUGGAGAGACAGACUUGGGCAUCAGGUGAGGAGCCCUGGGCUUGGAUGCUCAAUACAGUAUAGAGGAGGUAGUCUGAUAGCAGCCACUGCAUUCAAAACAGCUCAUUUGGGAGGGAGGAGUCAGCAACGUCACUAGUUACUAGGCAGGGAGAUGGAGGAGGUGACAGACAGUGCUCAUGUGACUUGUCACAUGACUUCAGAUCAGCCGAAAGCCAAAAUGGGACGCCAAACCUGCCUCCUAGGGCUCCUUGUUCUCGUCAUCACUGGCAAAUGCACUUAUAGCCCUGAGCCGGACCAGCGGUGGAUGCUGCCCCCAGGCUGGGUGUCCCUGGGCCGCGUGGACCCUGAAGAAGAGCUGAGUCUCACUUUUGCUCUGAAACAGCAGAACCUGGAAAGACUCUCGGAGUUGGUGCAGGCUGUGUCGGACCCCAGCUCUCCUCAAUACGGAAAGUACCUAACCCUACAGGAUGUAGCUGAGCUGGUCCAACCAGCACCACUGACCCUGAGCACCGUCCAAAAAUGGCUCUUGGCAGCUGGAGCCCGGAACUGCCAUUCAGUGACCACACGGGACUUUGUGACCUGCUGGUUAAGUGUCUGGCAGGCUGAGCUGCUGCUACCUGGGGCUGAGUUCCAUCGCUAUGUGGGGGGACCUUCGGAGACCCAUGUUGUAAGGUCCCCACAUCCCUACCAGCUCCCCCAGGCCUUGGCCCCUCAUGUGGACUUUGUGGGGGGACUGCACCGUUUUCCCCCCACGUCAUCUCUGAGACAACGCCCAGAGCCACAGGGGGUAGGAACUGUUGGCCUGCACCUGGGAGUGACGCCAUCUGUGCUCCGGCAG